AUGGCCUCCCGCCUGCUCCUGGGCUCCCUGCGCCGCUGGGGCCGCCCGUGCCCGCCGCGCGCCGCCAGAUGUUCUCAUUCCGGAGGGGAGCAUCGUCUAGAAACUUCUUCUGCUAAGAAACUAACAGAUAUAGGAAUUAGAAGAAUCUUCUCUUCAGAGCAUGACCUUUUCCGGGAAAGUGUAAGGAAGUUUUUUCAGGAAGAAGUGGUUCCUCAUCACGCAGAAUGGGAGAAAACUGGAGAAGUGAGCAGGGAGCUUUGGGAAAAAGCCGGAAAGCAAGGACUCCUCGGGGUCAACAUCGCCGAGCAGCACGGCGGCAUCGGCGGGGACCUGUACUCCGCAGCUGUGGUUUGGGAGGAGCAGGCGUAUUCGAAUUGCACAGGCCCGGGCUUCAGUCUCCACUCAGACAUUGUCAUGCCCUAUAUUGCCAACUACGGCUCCAAAGAGCAGGUGGAGCGCUUCAUCCCCCGGAUGGCCGCGGGGAAGUGCAUUGGCGCCAUCGCCAUGACGGAGCCCGGGGCGGGCAGUGAUUUGCAAGGAGUAAGAACACAUGCUAAAAAGGAUGGAAGUGACUGGGUUCUUAAUGGCAGCAAGGUGUUCAUUACCAACGGGUGGCUGUGUGACGUGGUGAUAGUGGUGGCCGUCACAAACCGCGAGGCUCGCUCCCCGGCCCAUGGCAUCAGCCUUUUUCUGGUGGAAGAUGGAAUGAAAGGAUUUAUCAAGGGACGGAAGCUACAUAAGAUGGGAAUGAAAGCCCAGGACACUGCAGAAUUAUUCUUUGAAGACGUUCGGUUGCCAGCUACUGCCCUGCUUGGAGAAGAGAAUAAAGGCUUCUAUUACCUCAUGCAAGAGCUUCCACAGGAAAGGCUUCUGAUUGCCGAGUUAGGCGUUUCAGCCAGUGAAUUCAUGUUUGAGGAAACCAGGGACUACGUGAAACAAAGAAAAGCUUUUGGGAAAACAGUGGCUCAUAUACAGACGGUGCAGCAUAAGCUAGCAGAACUGAAAACACACAUUUGUGUAACCAGAGCUUUCGUGGACAGCUGUCUGCAACUGCAUGAAACAAAACGUCUGGAUUCUGCCUCGGCUUCCAUGGCGAAAUACUGGGCAUCUGAAUUACAAAACAGUGUGGCUUAUGACUGCGUGCAGCUCCAUGGAGGUUGGGGAUACAUGUGGGAGUACCCAAUUGCAAAAGCUUACGUGGAUGCCCGAGUUCAGCCAAUCUAUGGUGGUACCAACGAAAUAAUGAAGGAGCUGAUUGCCAGAGACAUCGUCCGAGACAAAUAG